CAAACCUUAAAAUACCCAGCCACCCGUGAAAGAGCAUUAGAACGUUAAGCAGGGCUACGCAUACCCAGUUUGUCUAGUGGCGUAUAUAUCGGUGGCUUCACGGGCUUUCGGAAGGUCAUCCGGGAUUUGGAAAUAAAUACGGGCGGUGGCGCACCAACCUGUUUCAGUGGACAGAUUCGUAGAGUUUCUUUUGAAGGAUUUUGUGCGGGAGUUUUGGACGGAUUUAAGAUCUCCAAAAUGAGUUCUUAAAAAAAAAAGAAUAGUGGGAAAUAGUAAUUUUAUCAACGAUAAUAAUUUUACUUUUAAAAAUGACUUUCAACAGACAGAUUUUCAUUUGUCUUUUGGCUGCUUUAAUCAGAACGACAAACACAUUAACUACAAACGUGGACUGUCAAGCAGGAUGGACCCCGAUAGGAGUUCAGUGUUAUAAACUCUUUACAUCACUAUCACCAUGGAAAAGUGCUGCAAAAGUAUGCAAAAGUUACAGAUCAGAAUUGGCGACGGUUACUGACUACUAUGAAAGUGAAGACGUUGGCAAGUUUGUUAACUCAAACGGGAAAACUAAAUUCUGGAUUGGAUUAACAAGAUUUACAUAUGAUGGACAGAACCGCAUUGAUGCCCCUGCUGGCAAUGAGCAGAUAGCCUACUGGAGUAAUGGAGACAAAACUGUUGUGUUUACGGGUUUCUGGAAGAACUUUCAGCCAGAUAUUCCUGGAUCUGGGAAAUGUGUCUACAUUGAGAAAGUUGGCAUGUCAUACAAAUGGUCGUUCGCACAGUGUGAGACCAAGAUGAGUUACCUUUGCCAGAGGCCAGCUUGUCCAGAAGGCAGUUUUCACUGUUCCAAUACUCGCUGCAUUAAUCCUCAGUUGACGUGUGAUGGCGAGGAUGACUGCGGAGACUCUUCAGAUGAAACAAACUGUCCUUCAAAGUGUACAAUGCUGAUGAAACAAAGUGCUGGCAGGAUUGUUUCUCAGAACCACCCUUCUGCUUACCCUGAUGGGGCUAACUGUCUGUGGGUGAUCGAGUUGCCAUAUGGAUCCAAUGUUGUUCUUGAGUUUGAUGCUUUCAACACAGAACAAGGAAAUGACAUAGUUGAAAUUUUGGUGGGUGGUCGCACAGAAUCUAUGUCUCUUCUUGUCAAGAGACUCUCGGGCAAUCUCGGUGGAAAGACCUUAAAAUUCGUUAGCUCCAACAAUUUUAUGAUCAUCAAGUUUACAUCGGAUUCAUCAGUUGGAGCCAGUGGAUUCAAUGCAUCGUUUUAUGAAAGGAAGGCAAACUUUCCAGACUACAAAAGUCUAACUGCUACAGAUGUUAAACAGGAAAUGAUGUCACCCUUGUACGACAUGGGCUGGAAUUAUCUUGGCAACCAGGACUACACCUGGAUUAUUACAGCAAAGAAGAAAACAAAGAUUAUCACUCUGCAGGUUAUGGAACUGGAUUUGAAAGGCAAUGACAACGUAUUGGUUCGUGACGGCGACUCAGUUUCAGAUUCACUUCUGGCAACAUACAAAGGUAGCAUGACAGAUAUGCCAUAUGUUUUCUCCACAAGCAACAAGAUGUACAUCAUCAUGCAGACUUUUAGUUACUGGACGGGAAAAGGAUUCAAGUUCAGCUAUUUCCAAGGAUGUUCUGCAAACCUUACAAAAGAUUAUGGACACAUCUUCUCACCUGGGUAUGGUGUGGCCAAUUAUGCAAAUAACCAGGUCUGUGAGUGGACGGUGGAUAAUGAAGCAGACUUGACAUUCAUUGUAAAGGAAUUUAACACCCAACAGGAUACAGAUUUUCUUAAGAUUUCAUUGACUCCCAGAACAGCUGGUGCUACUGAACAAAUCCUGGCAAACUUGUCUGGUACCCCAACUACAAAUCCCAUGAGAAGAAAUGGAAUCUUUUACCUGGAGUUCAAAACAGAUGCCAUUAUUACCGAAAAAGGAUUUUCUAUCAAGUAUUCAAAAGACUGCAAGAACCCCAACUUCAACAGUCACACACUACUGAGUCCUACCAAUGCCAACUGGUGGUAUGGUUCUUCCUUUGAUGUCCGCUGUGAGACUGGUUACCACUUCACAUCAAAGGAAUUCCAGAACACCACAGUCACCGAUAAGUUUGUCAGUCUGUCUGUUGUCAACAUGCAGUGUCUGUAUGGAGGAAAAUGGAACAGGCGUACUCUACCCAUUUGUGAACCCAUGUACUGUGGACAAGCACCCCCGGUAGAACAUGCAUACAUAGCCACCUCAUACCCAAAAGGACCAAAGGGCAGUGUGUAUAAAGGCAUUGUUUCCUAUGAAUGCUACCCUGGCUUUACUAAGAGUGGUAGUCUUAACAUAACAUGCCGCAGUGAUGGAACAUGGGGACCUCGACCAACAUGCACAGUGGCUUCAUGUCCUAAAUUAUCUUCAUCAAUACCAAACGGAGUUAAUAAUGUUACUGAGGGUGAUGGAACUGCUUUUGGCUCUAUUCUGAGGUAUAGUUGUGAUGGAGGCUACCACAUUCUGGGAGAAGCCAUCUUGUUUUGUCAGACUUCCAGUAAAUGGUCAGCAUCAGUACCCAGUUGCACAGAGAAAACAUGCCCUCUGCCUAUGAUUAAGAAUGCAUUUCUGGAAAACAAUAGCAAGGUUUUCUAUCAGGGUACAAAGAAAGUGACAUGCAACACAGGCUAUGAAUUUUCUUCUGGUGUCAACAUUAAGACUCUAACAUGUCAGACUGACCAAACGUUUACUCCAGCUGCUGAGAGUCUCUCCUGUAUCGACAUUGAUGAGUGCCCAAGUUCUUGCCAACACAUGUGUUCUAACACAGAUGGGUCUUACGUCUGCACCUGUAGGGAUGGAUACACUCUCAAUGCAAACAAACAUAACUGCAAUGAUAUUGAUGAAUGUACUACAGACAAUGGAGGCUGCAGUCAGACAUGCACCGAUAGUGAUGGCGGAUACUCCUGCUCCUGCUCGGACGGAUACACUCUGUACACACAGAAUGGCACAGAAGGUUACCACAUACCACCAGCAGAAACUGGCAGGCUUCCUGGAGAUCUUUUUCACCUUAACCAUUCAUGUGUUCGUAAGUUAUGUCCAUCUGCACCAGUUAUCCAAGAUGGAUAUGUGCUUUCUAAAAGACAAGAAAAUCAUUACGGCGACAACAUUGAGUUUUCCUGCAAAGUUGGUUACAUCUUGAAAGGAUUUCCAGUUUUGACCUGCAAUUCCUCUGGCAUGUGGAAUGAAAGAGCACCAACAUGUGAAGCUGCCACAUGCCCAACUGAUACAAUUCCAUCUGGGUUAAAAACACAAGCUAUUGUGAAUCCAAAUAGCAAAGUGAACUAUCUCAGUAAUGUGACUCUCCAGUGCAAUGUUCCUGGAAAAACUUCAUUUGAAAGAAUUCGCAAGUGUCUGUAUCAACAACCUAAGGAUAAAUACCUUCUGGAUGGUGCCCCAUAUGAGUGUGGAGUUAUUGAUUGUGCUGUGCCACCAGAAAUUCCUGGAGCUACGACACCUACAACUCCAACAACAUACAACUCAACUUUCAACUUUGAGUGUAAAUCUCAGUUGUACAAAAAGACUGGAGUAUCUGGAGACGGAAACUAUGUAGUGAGAUGUGGAGCUGAUGGAUAUUGGGGAUUCAACACUCUCCAGUGCAUAGGGAAGACAUGCACAGAUCCCGGUCGACCGGUGGAUGGUUAUCAGUCACAACAAACAAAGCAGUACCAGGAAUCAAGUGAGGUCUAUUUCAACUGUUCUCGACCUGGCUUCAUCAUCAGUGGAACCUCCCCAAUCAAAUGCAAGAUCAAUAAUACAGGAUCAGGAUUGGAAUGGUCGGCUCCAGUACCAAUUUGCAUUGAUACAGAAAAACCAACAUUUAGUGGCUGUGUAAACACAAAAGCUGUCUCCCGCUAUGUUAGGGCAUCUGAUGUUGUGACCAUACCAACACCACAAGACAAUGUUGGAAUUGCGUCAUUUAAAAUUGAUCCACAGUGGCCAUCUAGCGAGUAUAUAAUAACUGACGGUGCAACCUUCACCUUCACUGCUGAAGACUUUGCUGGGAAUGCUGUCUCAUGUACAACAAUAAUAACAAUUAAAGAUGAAAUUAAACCCAAAAUUCAGUGCCCUUCGCCAGAAGUCAGAUACAUCACCAAGGAUACGGAAAAUGUUACCGUGAAUUUUAUCGCAAGUAAAGUGAAUGUAUCAGACAACAGUGGCCAGACUCCAAACAGUGCGGCUCCAUGUUCCCCUCUGUCCUUGGUUACUCCGGUCGAUGGCAGCAAGGCCUGUACUGAUAGGGCUGGUGGUGCUGGAUACAAUUGCACUCUGACCUGUGAUGAUGGAUAUACAUUUUAUGACCAAUCAUCAAGUGCUGCCAAGAGCAGCUAUCAGGUUCAAUGUGACACUGGCACACCAUGGAAUGUCAACAUACCAGCAUGUGCUGAUGCCAAAAAGUUAACAGCAAUGUACCAACAGAAAUUUAAUGUGAAUUAUAACUAUACUGGCACAGCUGAUCAAACCAUUUGCAAGACUGUGUAUGCAGAGUUAAUCAAAAACAAGUUUGCUGACAAGACUUUAUUUGAUAAAUUUGGAGGUGUUUGUAACCUUGUAACUGGAGCAUCAGUCAAAGAAGUAUCAGUAACUAACCCUGCUACUGAUGUUGUUAUUGAUGAUAUAAAUAAAACGGUGUUCAUUGAUUACACAGUAACGUUUGAUUGGACCAUUAAAUCGGCGAUCAACACUUGCUCUUCAUUACUGAAGACAACACUAGAAACAACUGGAACUGAUCAGUCAAAUGUAAUGGAUGGUAACUUAAGUCCUAUUGGCUGCCCUACGCUACAUGUGAUAUACCAAACCAAGCCAGAUGACUCUUCUGCUGUAGCACUGGAGAGUUCUAAGGACUACAUAUGUCCUAGUGACAAGAAGAAGACACUGUAUAAAGCAUCAGAGAUGUGCUUGGAAUGUCCCAAAGGUUUCUACAACAGUGGUGGCAUCACAUGUCAGCUGUGUCCAGUAGGAAAGUACACUGACAGACCAGGACAGACAGUCUGUUUGAAAUGUGACCUUGGUACCAGCACAUACAUGGAAGGAAGUACAUCUAAAUCACAGUGUUUUGACAUUUGUCCAAUUGGAACAUCAUCUGACAACCAGCUGCAGCCUUGUGCCAGGUGUCCACUGAACACUUAUGGGGUUAACAGCACAUACUGUCAGCAAUGUCCCACCGACUCUAUCACACGUGACACAGGGUCCACAUCAGAUUCCAUGUGUAAAGCCAAAUGUUCCAAAGGAUUGUACAAUGUCAAUGAUGGAUAUGUACCAUGUUUGGAAUGUCCAAAGGAUUUUUACCAGGAAUUAGCAGGACAACAACAAUGUGUUCGUUGUUCUGACAACGAAAUAACAGAUUCACCUGGAUCCAUCUCUUCAGCCAAUUGCACAGUCGGAGGUCCAAAAGUAUGUCCAGGAACUGCUUGCAGUAGCCAUGGAUCAUGUCUGGUAAAACAUCAAAGUGCUGUUUGCACCUGCCUUCCAGGCUACACUGGUGAAAAAUGUGAAGUGAUGAUCAACCAGUGCUUGUCAGAACCUUGUUACAAUGGUGGAACCUGCCAUCAAAAUGUCACUAGCUACUAUUGUACUUGUCCAGAUGGUACUGCAGAUGAUAACUGUGAAACGGACCUGAAUGAAUGUGAUUCAAAUCCUUGUGCUAAUGAAGGCAUGUGUCAGAAUCUAGUCAAUGACUUCAAGUGUCACUGCGCGGCUGGAUACGGAGGGCUUAACUGUUCAACAGUAGAAGAUGUCUGUGUGACCAGCCCGUGUGACAAUGGUGGUACAUGUGAAAGUUUGGAAAAUAUUCGCAGAAAAUGUCAUUGUCUGAGUGGAUUCACAGGGAAAGACUGCUCAGAGGACAUAGAUGACUGUGAGUCAGACCCAUGUUACUAUGGUGGGAACUGCACAGAUAAGCAUCUUGGGUUUGAAUGUGAUUGUCCAUCUGGCUACACUGGUCUUCGUUGUGAGAAUCCACCCAGAAGAUGUGUUGGCGUAUCAUGUGGAAAUGGCCUAUGUAUAGAGGACCACAUUCAGGAUACAUACCGGUGUAUUUGUGAUGCUGGUGCACUCUACGGAAAGUUCUGUCAGUACAGUGUCAUGCCAAAGAGACCAGUGACGAAUCCAGCAAACACAAUACCAAAAAAUAAUAUUACCUCAGAAGAGUGUCGCAAGUACUGUGGUGGAGACCCUAGUUGCCAUUCUUUUACAUUUAAUUUGACUGGCAAUGACUGCUUAUUGCAUGGACCAGCAGGAUCAGUUGAUUUGGUAGAUUCCAACAGUACAAACUACUAUAUUAAAACCUGCAGUGAGAGAUCAGAUGAUUUUUGGACUCCAUGGUACAACACAAAAAGUCCAACAACUGCAGCCGCUUUGAAGGAUGAGGAAAAUAGAGCCACUUUGACUGCGGUUGGUAUUGAGGUUUGUAAGGGAACCACACCUCUUGCUGUUGAAUGCCGAGACGUUUCCAAUAAACUACCUCCAGUAGAAAUAGUUACUUGCACAGUGACUAAUGGCUUACUAUGCAUGAAUAAUCAACAAGUGAACCAACAGUGCAUGGACUAUGAAAUUCGCUUCAAAUGUGCUGUAAAUCGAGUGUUCACAGAAAACAACUGUACCCUUCCAAGUUAUUGUAAAAGCAAUCCCUGUCAGCAUGGAACCUGUUUGGAGACAAACAAUGGUUUUACCUGCACUUGUACGCCAGGUUAUAGUGGCUCCCUCUGUCAGCAUGACAUUGACCACUGUGCUGAUAAACCAUGUCAAAAUGGUGCAGUUUGUGAAGAUAGACUGAAUGAUUACCUUUGUAAUUGUACGGAUGGUUUUAAUGGAAUAACUUGUCAGAACAACAUUAAUGAAUGCAGCUCAAAUCCAUGUCAAAAUGCUGGAACAUGUCAAGACCGUGUUAAUGGCUAUGAAUGUGAAUGUGCAAAUGGAUGGAAAGGGACCAGUUGUGAGACUGACAUCAAUGAGUGUGAUCUUAGUGAUCCGUGUCUCCAUGGUGGCGUGUGUACAAAUACAAAUGGAAGCUACUACUGCCAGUGUGCUAGCGGAUGGAAAGAUCCAAAGUCAUGUCACUCACUUGUGAAACCUUGUAACCAAUCAACCUGCAACAACGAAGCUCUCUGUUUCAAUCUGUUUAAUGACUUCUUCUGCAAAUGUAAAGCUAACACGUAUGGUAAGAAAUGUGAAAGCAGUCCCAGUAUCUGUUAUAAUGCGAAUCCAUGUCAGCACAUGAAUACCUGCAACGAGACAGCCGGUACAGCCUCCUGCUACUGCACUGAUGACUACGAGGGUGAUGGCUGUGAGCUUCGUGUAGAUCACUGCAAUGCUAACACUUGUCAAAAUGGUGCCACCUGUUCUCAGACGGCAACGAAUGACUAUGAAUGCACUUGUCCAUCAGGUUAUAAAGGCAAGAACUGUGACAAAAAUAUCAACAACUGUGACGGAGUCUCCUGUCCAGGCGGUACUUGCAUUGAUGGUGUUAAUCAGUACUUUUGUAGAUGUCCUGUUAAUAAAACGGGAGCUGCCUGUUCUAAAGAUGUCAACCGAAACUAUGACUUGCUGUUUGAAUUGCCACAGAAGACAAAUAUGGCAUCAGUGCCAUACCCAAUCCCUCUCAAAGUCAACCAGCUAACUAUCAGCAUUUGGGUCAAGUUCUGGAAAAAAGAUGGCACAGGAACAUUUUUCAGCAUGUUUUCUGUUAAAACCCCAAAUUGUUUAAGUGAGAAAAAAGAGAUUCUGCGGGUGGAUGAGAAGGGUCUUUAUAUCAACUUUGAUGGCAAUGAUACAGAAAUUAACUUCCCAUAUUACAAGUACAACGAUGGUCGAUGGAACAACAUCAUCAUCAGCUGGGACAGUGCAUCUGGAACCUUAAGCUUCAUUGUCAACAGCAUCAACAGUAAUCCCAUCCAGAAUUAUGCAAAGGGAGUCACUCUUGACAAGAAUAUCUGGCUGGUUCUUGGGAGCAAGUAUGAUCCAGCUAUGGAGAAGCCUGUGGUGGAUAAAGGAUUCAAUGGCUGGAUAAGCCAGUUGACCAUAUAUAACCGUGUUCUCGAGUUCAGCACUGAAGUGCAGGAAGCUCUGGACUAUCCACAGAGACUGUUUCCAGAUUUUAGCUUUGUCUGGAAUGAGUUCAUCUACUCAGCUGGAGUGAAGAUGAUUAACCCAUCAACUGUUAAAAAGCCAUUUGAGUCAUGUCCUCGGGGAUAUUCUGGCCCCCCAGAUUGUUCUCAAGCUGAUCCAAAAAAGGUAUUGGUACUACCUACCUCAUGUCCAACAGAUAUCACGCAAUAUGGAGUUUCAAGAAUCACACCAGUUGAGUGGACGAAACCAAUGUUUUCUGGAGGAGCGAACACUGUCACCAACACUCACUCAUCAGGGGAUGCAUUUCUGUGGGGGAAAUAUCUUGUUGUGUAUGUUGCUGAGAACAGUGCUAAAAACAAAGGACUUUGUAGCUUCAAGGUCUUUGUACAGUAUCGAGUUUGUCCUAAGCCAAGUGACCCAUAUGAUGGCAAACAGCUAUAUAGCUCUGUGCCACCACAUACCUACACCAGCAUUGUUUGUAAUACCAGCAAAGCAGUGGUUAGACCAGUUCCAAAGACAUACACGUGUGGCCGAAUCGGAAGUUGGGACCCACCAAGAAAGUUCUUAACGUUUAGACUGCCACCCUGUGGAGUAAAGAAAACGAAUACACUGCGAGCAGUAAGAAUCAGGCUUGUCUAUAAGGUUGGAACAUCUAACUGUGCAGGAGUCAAGACAACUCUAGAACAAGAAAUAAAGAAAAAGAUCAUCCAGCUGAAUUUAAAAUGGCCAAAUCUGUGUAAAGAGUCAAACUGUACUGAUAUACAAAUUGACAUCCAGUGUGCACCAAAUCUCAUCUCUGGAAGAAGAAAACGAGCCACCAAUGAUGUCAUUGCCGAUGUGACGCUGCCACAGGCAAAUGUUAAUUUGAAGUCAACAUCUGGAGAAACAUUACCUGCCACUGAUGUGUUAAAACGAAGCAUUCUCAGCGAUGAUGACUUCAACUUUCAGAAUCUCAUUUCAAAUGGUGUUCCUAUUUAUCAUGAAGCGGUUGUCACUGCUGAUCUUGCCUGUUCAACUGGCCAGGCUCUUGUUCAAGGAGACUGUGUUGAAUGUGCACCAGGGACAUUCUACAAUAGCAUGACCAAGACUUGUGAUGACUGUCCAGUUGGUAAAUACCAGCCACUGCCCGGCCAAUCAUCUUGCGAGACGUGCUCCCCAGGAUUCAUUACAGAAAGUUCAGGAUCUGCUGGCGGCACAGACUGUAAAAGUUCAUGUCCUCCAGGGGAGUACUUCAACAAUAUAUCAAACAGAUGUGAAAAAUGUGAUUUUGGAUUCUACCAGAGCUUACCUGGCCAGUUCUACUGUGAGCCGUGUGAUGUAGACCUCACUACAAGGGCAAAUGGAUCAACCAAUGUAACCGAUUGUUACAAUGACUGCCCAGCAGGUCAGGAAAUAUCCCAGAAUGGAACAUGCCAGCCCUGUCCUAUUGGGAAAUAUAGAACAUCCAAUGAUCGUACUUGUAUUAAGUGUACAGAAGAGAGAACUACAAAGACCACAGGUUCAACAUCGAAACUCAUGUGUAAUGUUGGUAACUGUCAGCCUGGUUUCUAUCGGAAUGCAACCAAUGAGCUGGAGUGUUUGAAAUGUGGCAUUGGUUCUUAUCAGAACAAAUCUCAGCAGUACGAGUGUAUUUCAUGCGGAGGGGAGCGAUUCACGACAGACAGUGAGGCUUCCACCAGCCAAACAGAUUGUAAAUUUUUCUGUCCUGAUGGUCAGGAGCAGCUUAACUCAACUCAGACCCAGUGCAACGAGUGUGAGAUCGGUUUUUACCGUAACAGCACCGGCCAGGAUCGCUUUAAGCCAUGCCAGAAAUGUACCAACAAUCGGCGUACACCCACCAAGGGUUCCAUCUCUAAAGAACAGUGCACAAUAUACCGGUGUUUAGCUGGUGAGGAGCCCUCUGCAGGUAACACAGCUUGUAAAAAGUGUGACAUUGGAUACUAUCAGGAACUUCCUGAUCAGACUAACUGCACUGAAUGUACCCCCAUGACCAGCACAAGGACAAAUGGAUCAACCAAUGCAUCUGAUUGUGAAAAGUACUGCCCAUCUGGCUAUGAAAAGGAUAUUAGUGAGGACUGCCAGCCCUGCCCUGUUGGCUACUACAAGGACAACACUGUGGAUAUGUUUGGGAAGUGUACCCAGUGUGGUAGGAACAUGGGCGAGAAUCCAGUAGCCAACCCUCGCUAUGUCACAGAGAAAAGUGCAUCAAUUUCGGCAUCUAACUGUACAAUUCCAAACUGCGAUGCUGGCUAUAAGAUUAAUGCUACUGACAAUGGCUGUGAGAUCUGUCCUCGUGGGAAUUAUCAACCCGAGAAGUACCAGAAAAUGUGUAUCCCUUGUGUCGGUCAAAUGUCCACCAAACAGGAAGGUUCAAAACUGAAAGCAGACUGUGAAGCAUAUUGCAGUUCCGGAUUUGAAAAAAUUCAAACAACAGGUGUUUGUGUUGAAUGUCAGCGAGGUUAUUUCAAGGACAACAAUAUUGAUCUUUUCUCCAUGUGCACUGUUUGCCCAGACUCCGACUUUAUUACACCUGGGGUGGGAGCAACAUCAAAGUCCAUGUGUACUGUCAGAAAUUGUUCUGCUGGAUAUUACCUUGACAAUAACAACAACUGUAUGAUCUGCCCCAAGGGAAGUUACUCUGAUGUGAAGUGGAGUACAAGCUGCACCUCUUGUGAGACGGAUAAAACAACCAUAUCAACUGGCUCUACCCAUGCAUCUGACUGCAUAUUGAGCUGUCCUCCAGGAAAGGAAGAUGAGGGUGGUGCGUGUGUUUCAUGUAAGCGUGGCUUCUAUAAGGCAGUUACCAUGGCAGCUCCAUGCACUCAAUGUGACACUAACAAGACCACCGCUGGACGAGGAUCCACUAAGUCAUCUGAUUGUAAUAUAGUUGCUUGUAUGCCUGGUUAUUUCCUAAAUGGUAAUGACUGCAAGAAGUGUGCAUAUGGUUACUACCAACCAGAAAAAUGGCAGGAGACCUGUCUUCAGUGUGAUCCAUCAGAAACAACCUACAAGUUGGGAGCUGUCAACAAGACAGAAUGCUUACUUGAAUGCCAACCAGGUAAGGAAUUAAUCAAUGGAGUUUGUGACAAAUGCAAAAUUGGCUACUACAAGGAUAAUACAGACAGAGAGAAGUACAUGUGUACACUUUGUCGCAAUAAUCAAAUUACUGCCAGAGAAGGAGCUACCACGGUGGAUGAUUGUUCUAUUGCAAACUGUACAAUGCCUGGAUACUUCCGAAAUACAUUUACUAACCUCUGUACGAAAUGUAAGCGUGGUACCUACCAGAAUGACAAAUGGAAAGACACAUGUAUCGCAUGUUCAAACAACUACACCACAAAGGAGGAAGGCAGCACUUCUGAUUCAGCUUGUAUCCGUAACUGUCCAUCUGGACAACAGCUGGAUGAGGGAAAUGACCGGUGUGUGGAUUGUACUGUUGGUACAUACCGUGACAGUGAAAAGUCAUGGCAGUGUGUCCCAUGCAGCAAUGGAUUGACUACACAAGGAGUGAAAGCUGUGUCAUCCAGUGAAUGCUCUGUUUCACCAUGUAUUCCAGGACAAUUCUUUAACAGCACAACAAGUGCCUGUGAGAUGUGCCCUGUCAACAAAUAUCAGAGUGCUUCAAAAUCCUUUUCAUGUGAAACAUGUCCCGGUGGAUAUUUCACCAAUGGACCUGGCAAAACUUCAAGAUCUGACUGCCAAGGUCUCUGUGACGUGAACAAACCAAACUGUUCGGAGCAUGCCACCUGCGUUAACACCCCAACAGCCUCUGUAUGCAAAUGUAACUCUGACUACACAGGAGAUGGAAUCACUUGCAUCCAUAAAUGUGACGACAAAUACUGCAAUACGGGCGAGUGUGUCAGGGGACCACCUAUCAAGUGCUUGUGUGAUGACAUUUACACAGGAGACCAGUGUCAGACCAGAAAAGCUGCUCAGAGUGUGUCACCAAAUACAAAGGAAACAAUCAUUAUUGCCGUGGUAACCGUCCUUGCCAUACUGCUCUUCAUCAUCAUGAUCGUUGUCUGCAUCUGUGUCAUGGCCAGGAAGAGACAGUCAAAGAGGCCUUUGAAUGACUAUGAUGAUCGAGCCAGCAUUGCCACGCGUCUGUCAACCAAGAACUACGACAAUGCUCCGAUGUACCCAACCAAACCGCCCUCUAUAGCUGGAGGACGAUACAUGUUACCACAGCAACAUGAGGCAUCAUAUUUGAACCCAGUUUACAAUGUUGCAGCAAGGCGAUAUGAUGAUCCAGCCAUUUACAAAGCAUAAAAGGAUCUGAACAAUUUUUGGACAGUUGAACAUGAGAUUAUGAAUUUUAUUCAGUUUGCCAUGCAGUGAAAUGUGGUAUAUCGUUCAUGUUAUGUAUGGCUGAUAUUUUUUUGCUAUUAUGAAAGUCUAAAAAGAAGUACAAAACAAAGAGGACAUUUUGUAGAAGAUUGAUAAAAGUCAUGUAUUUUAUCAGAAUAAGAAUCUGAUAAGAAUUUAAUGAAACAUGUAGUAGUAUUAUGGUUAGAAACAAUAUGUUUGCCAUUUACUUUUGCCACAUUCUUUUUCAUAUUUGGGUUAAAUGUUUGUGUAUGUAUAGGUACAUAUUUGACUGCUGGUAAAUCAAGUCAAUGUACAAUCUUGUUAAAUAAACAUGAAUGUUGUAAGUUGUAGUGUUAGGCUGAAUAUCAAUCUGAAAUGUACUGAAAAACAUUGAAAAACAUUAAGCAAAAAAAGGCUAGAAAAUUAACAAAUCUCUGACCUAUUUACAAGUACACACAGGUAUUUAUCCAAGCAUCUUGUGGGUCCGAACAUCGGCCUCUUCCCAACAGAAAGUGGCACUGAACAUUCCCAAUUUCUAUGUUAAAAAUUCCCAAUAUAUAUAAUUAUAUCUGUUCUAAUAAAGUAUUCUAACAGUGGUGUACUGCAUCAUUCAGUGACCUGACAAAAAUAUCGCACGUAUGAUUUACUCACGCUAAUUUUCCCAAUCCCAUCAGACAUGGGAUAUUGGCAACAAAAUCCUGGAUAAAUUGCUGACACAUCGAGUAUUUCACAGAAGAAAUCCACCAAGGUUAUACAUUGUGUUAUAUGUGGUACAAGAUGGAGGAUGCCAGAAGGUGUACUUCAAUGCCGGGUGUACAUAGACGUCUUAUGGAUUAUUUUCCACAUUUAUAUAAAAAUACAGUUUAUAACAAAAUAUAUAAAAAUCAGAAAAAGAACAGUAAAGAAUUAUGCAGAGAAUCUGAGAUUAUCUUCUCAUAGUCAUAAAUUUAAAGUAUUCAUAUUGUACUAUUAAAGAGGAUUUUUAAGAAGUGAUAUAUUUUUAGGUGAGUUCAUAUAUGUGUAUUCAUACCGUUAAUAGUUUGCUUGUACCAUUAAUACCUAGCAUAGUAUAUAUGUCAAUUUUAGUUCAAAAGUUGAAAUAUCUAUUUUAUUGAAGAAAAAAAAGAAAAACAUACAUGGGGUCUUUAUUGCUCUUUUUCUGUAUGUCAUAACCAAAUCUAUGUAUAUAUAAUUUUUGUAUAUUUUAAAGUAUGUAUGUGUAUUUUUCAUCAAAGUGACUGUCUCUGCAUUUAAUUAUUUUAACAUGGCCACAGUUUAGUUAACUUGUGUAUUACAAAAUUGAAGAAGAAAAAUUUCACCAAUUAUUCAUGAAAAAGCAUAACCGUUUCCAUGCUGUAAUGUGAACAUUGAAUGCUAACCACUUAGUUGGUGUGUAAAAGCUAUGCUAAUUAUUUAAAUCCAUUGAAAUGUAGACAUAAUCACGUUAUAAAUGUUUGGUAUUUUUACUUGUUUAUUCGGAUGAGAAAACUAUAGUACCUUUCCAGAUUGUCAUUUCAAUUUGUUAAACAAAUCAAUAACUGAAAUUACAUAACUUACUGUAGUUUUAUGACGGUGCAUAUGUGAGUUAAUAUUUGAAAUUAAUGAGUGUUUUUUCAGAGUACAACUUGUUUGUUAAUUUUUAUCUAAUUAUGUAUAUUUAACAUUUUUGCAGUGUAGUUUCAUACCCAGUAGUUUUGUGAGACCUGAUAUAUACGGUGUUUAUUCUAAUUUCCACCUUUCUAAUUUAAUGAAUUCAUUCAACACAGCAUGAAACAUGUGAUUCAUUCAACACAGCAUGAAACAUUUGAUUCAUUCAACACAGCAUGAAACAUGUGAUUCAUUCAACACAGCAUGAAACAUGUGAUUCAUUCAACACAGCAUGAAAACUAUAAGCAAUGAUAACCAUUUAUAGAAUUGUGAAACACUGUGUAUAUUAGCCGAGUGUGUAAUACAUGUACUAUCAAGUGAAAAAGAUUAAUUGGUGUAAUUUUUAUAAAAUUUUUAUAUCUUGAUUCACCUAGACAGAUAGUGACUGUCUUUUGCACUAAGAUUUAUAAUUAUAACAUUUUUAAUUUUAUAAUACUUUCAGGAUGGGUUUGCAGAUAUUUUUGUCACUGCUGUUUUGUUUAUCUCAUAGCCAUCCAUUAUUUUUUAAUGUUGAAUAAAUUCAGUAUAAUACCUUUUGAUCUGGCUUAGUAAACACAAGAUACAUGUACAGGUAGAUUAAAUGGGUUUUUUUUUUUAGAAGACUGCAGUUCCAUGACAAAAAUACAUUUAAUGUACAAAGUCUUCAAACCUUAAAAGUUGUACAAAUAUUUUGAGUAUAUACAUGUAUUGCAUUUUCAUCAUUUUUGAUUUUUUGAAUCAAUACAUAGUGGUAUGUAUAUUACAGGAGUGAACAAAAUGCCAAGGGUUAGCUGUAAAAUAAUUAUUAUGUUGUAAAAUUCUAUAAACAUGCAUUAGUUUUCAUCUACGCCAAUCCAUAUUUUGUGGAAUAUAUAUUUUCAUAUGUAAUUAUAUAUAUAUAUUAUAUAUCUUCCUCUAGUUUGACAAAUAAAACAUUUCCAAUGACUAGCUUAAUGCUUAGAAGUCAUGUACAUUUUUGUUUUCAUAAACAUAGUCUCAGUUUGUCUUUACAUUUUUCUUUUCAUUACAGUAGAGGCCAGAAAAUAUACUGACGUCCAAAAGAAACUAUACCAAGGCUGAGAGAUUACUGAAGAAAAUACUAAAUAUGUUGCUUGUUUAAAAAUAUAUAUAUUCAUGGGAAUGGUCUUUUUGGCAUGUUGUGAACAUAAUUUCAUUCCAUAAAAACACAAACACAUUUAACCACCAUUCCAUUUCCUUUAUCCAAAUUACAAAGGAAAUUUAAAUUAAUGUUUCUUGGUAUAGUUUCUUUUGGACCUCAGUAUAUAUAAGUUUCUAGGACAGUUUCAUGUGCAAUAUAGCAUUAUCAAAGAGGCCAAUACUUUAUCCAGUAUAUGCAUGCUGCUUGUAGUGUUAGAAUGACCAUAAAAAGCGGUUUUUUUAUGAAUAAAAGUAACUUUCAUUUAGUGUUGGAUUAAUCUGAAGAAGGGAGAGAGUCACAGCUAAUGGAAAGGAUGAAAAGAGUGAGCCCCCACCAAACACGUUUACACACCCCUGGCUCAAGUGGUUUAACCCCUGAUAAGCCUCAGAUUGAUUUGCUAUUUGUUAAAUAGAAAUUUUUUAAUUUUUAAGAUAUGGUCGAGUUUACUACAUGAGUUUAUGAAAACAAUAUUCCACUGAUAUUAUGCACAUAUAAUAAAAUAUAUUUUUAUAACAUUU